UGUUUUUUCCUAUUUCUGUUUUCAUUUUUCCUAUUUCUGUUGUGUUUUGUGUGUUUUUGCAGUGUUUUUCGUAUUGCUGGUGUUUUCUUAAGUUGCAGUCCAAUUGGCCUCUCAGGGCCACUGUAUAAGAGGAUUUUCUCACGGAGGGUAGGGCUUAGUUCCAGAUGAAAAUAAGAUAAAUAAUGUUCACUUGUCAAUUAAAGUGAUCAGCUAAUGACUUUUGUGGAAGUUUUAAUGGAUUGUGUAACUAAUAUUCUGAUAAAUAAUAGGUUUGUGCUUCAGUUCAGGUGAGUGAAAUUUGUUUAUUACUUGGAACUCGGGAUGUGUGCAACUAAUCAUCGAUGUUGUCACUAAUCAGUCCCAGAUUUACUUGUCAUUUAAUUUAAUUGUUAAAAUGUAUUAUUAAUUGUCCAAAAUGUUGGCAACAGUCUGCAACCAAAUGACGCAUUGUUGAGAAAUGCCAAAAAUUUGUGAAUGAAGGCCUGAUCUUUUUGUUAACUGCAGGAAAUGAGCUUUCUAUGAAAGGUGGAUGGGCCCUCUCUUAGCAACAGGGUGAGGAGUUCAGUGAUUAUGGAUGGGUUCAGAGUAGAGCCGCUACUCCUUCACAUCGAAAGGAGACCGCUAAGGCUUUCGCCUUUGGCACAACACUGUUGGGUGUUGUGCCAAAAGGGAUCGUCUGCCCAAAACUGAUUUAUUUCCAUUUGUUUUUUAUGUGUAAUGGCAUUACUUAUUUUAGUAAACAGACUUUAGUAAACAGGAUUUACAAAGGAUAAACUCAGGAAAUUACCUGUUUUUCAUUUAUCUUUAUGGUUGCUGUAACUUUAUACCACAGCAGCAGCUUCUCAGCUCGCAGCCGAACACAUCACCAAAAACAACCCAUGUUCAGGACCCAGUUCCCUAUAAUGUGCAGGGGAGGCGUGACCAGCUGAUGUGGCCCAGGUGUGACAGCCGCACUACCAACCACGCCCCGCCACAAUAAAACACAUUACAAUGACAUUUUAUCAACACAAAAUGCACCAGUUUAUUGAAUAUGAAUAACGUCAUCAAUUUACCUCAAUUGUUAGAACGUCUAUGUACAACCAAUGUCCACUAUUAAAUUAAGUAAAUGCAACAUGUUCUUUGUUUCAGUGCUAAAAAUUUACCUGGAUUUUCAUUCUUUACAUCCUGUGUUUAUUUUUAUUCUGAUGAGGAGACAGAUGCCACGCAAGCUUUAAUAACUUGUAUAUUUUGAGCAUUUUGGGUGGCUGACUACUGCCCUCUGUGUGCCAUUUUAUGUGAGUUCUUAACUCCUUGAGUCUCUGCAAUGGAGCUAGUGACAGCAACGUUAUCGCAAAUAUCAGACACAGUGUCUGCUUUUAUGGGAAACACAGCAAGUUUAAAAGUACAGGAUUUACAUUAAAAUCACUUCUUACAUAAUGCAAAAUGGCAAGCACUUGUUCACUGGUGAAAAGAGGAAUUUGGAAACUGGGUGGAGCUAUUUGAUCAAAUCUCCAAAUCUUCUUUGGAGGUCAAAGAAGAGACAAUAUCAAUACAGUGGUUAGAAAGACACAAGCUUGUGAACAUUUGUUAAAAAAUCCUUGGAGGAUGGAGAUGAUCUGCUGUAAAGACCCUGAAAGAAUCAGCUGACAGAAAAGAAGGGAUCGGCUAUUUUCAUAUUUGUUAUUAGCAAAUCACCCCUGGUUUAAGGGAUAUUUCAUAGUUUUAAUCAAAUUUUGGAUAGAACUUUAUUCAAACAAUAGCAAAGAAAGAAUUUAGCAUCCAUAAUAAGAGAAAAUGUCAUUAAAUUAAAAAAAAUUGCAACUAAUGACUGUCGGGGAAAAAAAAGAAAAAACACCAAAUCAUCUCGUUUACCUUCAGUUUAUUUUAUUUUGAAAACAAAUACUUUCUUAUUUCUGCUGUGAUUAAUAAAUAUUGGUCUUUUUUCAAACUCUGUUCUUUCUAUUCUUCCUAUUGUGGCUUCCUUGUUUAUUUCCAAGUUCUUUUCACUUCUCUGUUGCAGAAAUCAUUGUGAUACUUGAUCCAUGAGAGUAAUCUGACUGAACGUGUGAGGUUGAGCCUUUUUUAAGCCACUGUGCAGAACUUUCUUCAGCUUUUUGUAAGAACUGCACUGAGUAGAAAAUGCCAGGCCUAGAUUGCAGGAAAGUGCAGACAUGAGUAGCAAACCCACAAAGAUCUGGGGUUUGCAGUGGCUAACAACUUUGCAGCUCUGUCUUCAGAUGUCUUCCGCCUUCUACACUUUUUGCAUCCUUGAGAUCUUGUUUUCAGUGACGUGAAGCACGGAGAGGAUGAAGAAAGAUUUUUGCCGUCACUAAAAAGAACUAAAAGACACAAAAUCUGCUCCAAAUUAAGGUCGACUUUCAGAAUGAAGGUGAUUGUGUUGUUUGUGUUUGUGCUGGGUGCACUCUCUGCUGCAGGUGAAGAUUUCUUUGCAAAAGUCGGGGGGAAAGUCACAUUGAACUGUGGAGUCAGCAGCUACAGACGCUCUCUGCAGUGGCAUCAUGGAAAUGACUUUCUUCAUAGUGUUGAUCAAAGAGGCUACCCUCGCAAAGGCACUGCUGAUCUUUCACGGAGGUCAGUCGUGAGACAGACGAAUCUGGAAAUCUCCAGUGUGAAAGAAACAGAUGCUGGACGGUUCACAUGUUCGGCAGAUGGGACACGUCAUAACCAUUCACUUUCUCUGUUCUCAGUUUUGGUCUCCGUCAAACCCUCUGCUGUUCUCGAGCUGAACGAUGAGGCAAAGCUCCAGUGUGAGGUGAAAGGUCAGCACCAAGGAUGUGAAGUGAAGUGGAGAAGUCCAAAUACAUAUUCACUCACAAAUCCAUCAACAGUUCAACUCAAACCUGUAAAAACCUCACAUAACGGGGCCUGGGAGUGUAUCGUCACCUGUGGCAGGAAUACGUUUAGUGAGCGUCUGACCAUCAAAGUGAAAGAGCCUCCAACUACAACAACUCCACCAACCACCCUGAAGAACAUCACAUCAUUUGUAACGAGUGUUCAGGGUACUGCCAACGAUUGCCCACUGGGACUCUCCUGUUCGAUGUGGUUUGUGAUUGGGGUGUGCUGCCAGUGUGGGAUGCUCCUCAUAGUUUGUGUCACUGUCUUGUGUAAGUGUAUAAAAAGAAGGUCAGUAUGUGAGGAAAGGCGUUCAUCCAAUAUUUAUGUAUAGAGUUGAUAGCUGAUGGUAAAAGAAACCAAAAGAAAAUGGGUUAAAGACCUCCUGCACCACUGUGUUUACAGAUUAUGUUGGUCUUCUGUUCUGUUCAGUCCUCUUCACUGAAUGUGUAACUGAUCAGAGUCAUGAUUUCACUCCACCAAGCUCUUACAAAAGUCCUGGCACGCUUCACAACUGGCAAAAGUCUAAAUGAGUGUCUCAGAUUGAGUAUUACACUCUUCAGUAAAUUGGUGCAGAUUUACAGAUGAGGUGUCGGUUUGUUUCCUGGGCCUUCCUGGGUGAAACUGAGAACCAACUAACUAGGAAGGCUUUCCAAAGGUUUAGGAGUGUUUAUAGGAGUCUUUGGUGCUUCUGUACACCUGUCUAGAAGCACAUUUGUGAGGUCAGACACUGAUGUUGGACUAGAAGGCCUGGCUCGCAGUCUCUGCUCUAAUUCAUCCCAAAUCUCCAAAAGUUGAAUCUGUUCAUCUGGACGUAGCGUUUUGUGGGAGAAAUUCAUCCCAAAGUUGUUCUGUCAGGUUGAGGUCGGGACUCUGUGCAGGCCAGUCAUGUUGUUCCGACAGCAACAAGAAGAGACCAUCCCCAAACUGUUCCCACAAAGUUGGAAGAAUGAAAUUGUCCAAAAUGUCUUGGUAUGCUGAAGCAUUAAGACUUCCUUUUACUGGAACUAACCGGCUGAACCCAACUCCUGAACAACAACCUCGCACAAUAAUCCCCCAUCCACCAACCUUUACACUUAGCACAACGCAAUCAGACAAGUAGCGUUCCCCUGGCAACCAUCCAUUGCAUUGUCCAGAUGGAGAAUCUUGAUUCAUCACUCCAGAGAACAUGUCUCCACUGCUCUAGAGUCCAGUCGUAGUGCGCUUUAUGCUGAUCUGAAGGUCACAUGAAGGUUGGAGGUCUAAUUGACUCUGCUCUGUGAUUUUAUGUGUCCUACAUCAUCAUGGGUGUGCUGCUGUUAUAUCACUUUGGUAUCAUACCACCAACAGCUGACUGUGGAAAAUUUAGCGAGGAAAUUUCAGAAAUGGAAGUGACCAGAACACCUGAAUUUAAUGAUUUUAAUGCUUGAGUGAAUAUUUUGAGUAUAAUAAGAACUCCCAAACAAGAGCAACUUUUCUGAGCCUCCUCACAUCCUGACUGUUGAUUUCUGCUGUCAUCAUUUGUCACUGCUUCCUCUUCUUUUAUUGGACAAUUACAGCUUGACAUUGUGAUAAUUUGAUGAUUCUUGUUUUGUCUUGUUUUUUAUUUCAAAAAGAAAAUCGUUGUUACUUCUGCUGUGAUAAAUAAAUGUUUUUCUGUCAA